GAUUUUUAUUUCUAAUUAUGGUCGCUGGUCAGUGGUAUAAAUUUUAAAAGAUUGUAAGAUUGGGUUAUGAAUUUCCCAUCUUUCUAGUAUUACAGUUCAUCCUGCUAUGAAAAUGUUUGUUUUGUUUUUUUUUGUUUAUUCACUUGCUGCCAUAAUAAUAUGCUGCCCUGUAUCCAAUGCAAACGCACAAAUUAGCAGCGAAAUCCCUGCUACCUCGUUUCCAACAAACAUGGAAGAAGUUCGUGUUAGAAUGAGAAAAUACAUAAAAGAGACCUAUAAUGAUUCAUCUGAACAACUUACAGCAAGAGAUGUAGCAGGAGAUGUACACGAACGGUGGGGCUUUAUGGCUGGAGUAGUCCAAGGUGUUCUGAAUGAACAAUUAAAAACGUACAGGAAUGAAAUCAAAAUGCUGGAAAUGAAAAUUUCGUUACGAAAUGCCUUAACCAAUCUUUUAGAUGCCACGUCACCGUAUUGGCUCCGACAGUUGACGAUUAAAAGAAAAUUCAAAUGGAACUUGGUCCUACAACUGGAGACCAAUGCCUCUAGGACCUUAAAAAAUAUUUUAAAGGACAUGGAAAUAUCUGUCCAUGAUUUUACGGAGGAGUUAGAGAAAUUCUUUGAAGAGUCUUCUCGAGACAUCCACCUGGCUAGAUUACCUAUGUUCGAUGAUGAAAACAAGAUGAACGAAACCCUCCUGAACUUAGGAUUUGAAAUACCGAAGAUGAGACAAACCGUUAUUGCCCUUGCCUAUAGACUACGCAGGGCAAAUUACAAUUUAGGAGAUUCUACUAACUUUUGUUUCCUACACUUCAAGAAUUUAAAGAAAGGGGUCACGAAAUACGAAGAAAUUAUAGCAGCUUUCUUGAAUUUAUAUUUUCCGAAUACGGUCCAUGAAAAUAAUAUCACGGUUAUCGGCACGGAAAGAGAUGAAGACGGAGGUAGGGGGCCUGAUCAUUGUGAAGCCUUUAUUCGCUUUAAAAAAAGCCAAACUACGCUCAACAUGCUGAACUUGAUAUGCGAAGAGUAUGCCGUAUUGAAAACAAAAAAACCCACACAGCCGCCGUUAAAGACAAGCAGCUCUCCAUCUUCAACAACAGCCAGAUCCACUACAGAUACCACAACUCAUUCUUCUACUAAUACUAUUUAUUCGUCCACGUUUGCCGAAAUAGAUUUCUUGCCGCCGCUUUGGGCUGGCUAUUUAGAGAGGCAGUCUCAGCCGACGACAAAAAAAACGAAACACCAUAAAGGAAGUUCCACACCGAUUAUUGCCAGUAAAUCGGAGAAAUCAUCGUUCUUCGAUAAAUGUGAAAGUCCGCCUGAAAUUCAUGCUUAAGGUACUUAAAUCACAAAACAUUGACUUUUCCGGCAACUUUUUAAUGAUUUUCAUUUUUCACAACAAAACUUUUAUUAAAAAAAUGGUGCAACUUUGAUGACAUUUUUCUUGUGGAAAUAUUGCUUUUUGACUUUUCCGGCAACUUUUUAAUGAUUUUCAUUUUUCACAACAAAACUUUUAUUAAAAAAAUGGUGCAACUUUGAUGACAUUUUUCUUGUGGAAAUAUUGCUUUUUCUGCAUACCUGAAGGUUUCUAUCAAUAGAUUAGUGUAAACUUUCAUUAUAAAAAAAAAAAAAAAAAAAAAAAAAAAAAAAAUA